CGCAAAUUUAGAACAGGCAGACAGAACACAAAGAGAAGAUCACACCUGAAGUUUACCAAGUUUGCAGUUCUCCAGUAGCCAUUUUCACACCAAACAACAAUGGCUCUGACACCACACAGUCAGCUUAUCCUGUCUGUUUAUAUUGUGACCUUCGUGAUGGGGUUACCCGCCAACAUCCUGGCCUUUUACACCUUCAGCGUGAAAGUCCGCAGCAAACCGACUCCCAUUGACGUCUUCCUUCUCAACCUGACCGUUUCGGAUCUCAUCUUUCUUCUCUUCCUGCCUUUCCGGAUGGUCGAGGUCUGCCAAGACAUGCUUUGGGUGCUUCCCUCCUUCCUGUGCCCUUUGAGCAACUUUAUAUUCUACUCCACCAUCUACAUGAGCACAUUCCUUCUAAUGGGGGUCAGUUUGGAGCGAUACCUUGGGGUGGCCUACCCUAUCAAGUACAAGAUGUACCGCAAGGCCAAGUAUGCUGUCUGGGCGAGCAUUGUCUUCUUGGUCGUAUCGACUGCUCACUGCAGCAUUGUCUUCAUCAUCCAGUACCAGAAUGAGACUCUGAAUGAUUCCUUUUGCUAUGACAAUUUCACAGUCAAGCAACUUAAAAUACUUCUACCAGUCCGUUUGGAAUUCUUCUUCUUGCUCUUUUGCAUCCCCUUCCUCAUCACCUCCUUUUGCUACAUAAAUUCUAUCCGGAUCCUUACCUCCCUGCCAAACAUCAGCCGUCGAAAGAAGCAGAGAGCCAUCGGGUUAGCUGUGGCGACACUGCUGGUCUUCAUCCUCUGCUUCGCCCCUUAUAACAUCUCCCACAUAGUGGGGAUUGUGAAAGAUCAAAAUCCCAAGUGGCGCAUGGAUGCUCUCCUUUCCAGCACCUUCAACGCCUGCUUGGAUCCCAUCAUCUUCUACUUUUCCUCAAAUCAAGUUCAGAAUAGCGUCAGAAAGUGCACAUCAGGGGUCCUAGAAAGGAUACGAACCAUCGGUUUUUGUAAAAGACUUUGUCCGCUGGCGUCCACAAUUGACGAGCAGAUGGAGAGCAGCUCUAACAAUUUGUGAUGGGCCACCCUGACAUUUGAGUAUGUGUUCUUGACUUUUGCUGUACGAUGCAAGCCUAAUUUUUAGAGCACGUUUUCUGUGUCUAUAGCUCUUGCAAUUUUUGGCUGUUGAUACAUUUAGAGACAAUGGGAUUUUAUUACGCAUUCAUAAACAUCUACUGCACAUCCUUCUUCAGUGGAAUUAUUUCCCUAUACCAUAUCCAAUUUCUUUGCAGCUCAAGUUGUUCAACAGAAGGUACACAAAAGAACUGAGACUUAUUGGGAGAUACUUGAUAAAACUACUGAAUAACUCACUCAAGCUUUAAUUUUCAUCCAAAGCCACCUUGCUCAGAUUAGUGAUUAGCCAUUUUUGUUGCACACCACCAUUCUAAUAUUUCCAAAGAAAUGUUUCCAUGAAAGUGAAAAAUCAAAGUUUUUUCAUGGCAUUGUAAAUAAGAUCCAUACGCAGACUUUCAUUUCAACUUAACCCUGAACAUUGAACAUCAUCAAAGUUAUUUAUUCAACUGAUAUUGUCUUAAAUGGUCUUUUUUACAUAUACACUCCACACUGUACAAAAAUAAACAGGAAUUUUACAAUAAGCUAAGACACUGCAAUAUAUCUAUUGGUAUGAGUAACAGAAAAUACUUGAAAUAAGGAUUUUUUUGUUCUUCUGCACAGACUUGUUUCAAUCCAAAAGGACACUUAUGCAAUGAAUGUGGCAAAAAUGCCUUUUUUAAAGGGAAAUCUAUUAAGCUUAAUAGGGUUAACAGCUGAAACACUCAACUUUAAUUUGUCUAAAAACAUGACUUAGGCCUGUAUUAUUUGUUUUGGAUAUUUUAUGCAGUGUUAUUAUGUACUAUAUUUUACAGCAUUGUAAACUUUAUAGAUAUGACACUUUUAAAACAUUUAACUUUAUUUCUUUUGUAUGUUUUACCUUAGAAUUUGUAACUAUUCAACCAAUACUUAUAGCUACUUUUAAAAAAGUACCAUACAAUAUGUAUUAUAACUGUACAAUUAUUUAAUGAUGACACAGAAAAAGCUACCUUUAUUACAAUUAUUGAUUGUAUUCUGGUUUGAGUAUAGUUUAAAUGUAACCUGAGGGUUAGUUCUGUAAUGCAGCGCAUUUGAAAUGCUUGCCUACACAGACGCUUUGCUAAAUAAAAAUGUGUUUUGCUAGAUGGCUGAUUAAUGGUUUCCCAAUGAGUUACCUCAUGUUUAAUUCAAUACGACAGAAUUUAUUAUACUGUG